AUGGAUGCCAUGGACAACAAGGUUUCGUGUGGAAUCAAUAACGUGCCGGUGAAAAAACGAGGUAUUCACAAUUGCCAUAUCGCCGGCUGUGGAAAGGUCUAUAACAAAAGCAGUCACCUGAAAGCACAUCUGCGUUGGCAUUCAGGAGAACGACCUCCGAAGAGGCGGUCGGCGGAGAGUACGACCACUCAACAAUAA